AUACGGGCUGACAUUAUAGUAAUUUAGGAGCUGUUUGCUCCCGUUUUUCGUCGUCUUGACCUCUCGCUUUUUGUCAGCGAUCAACCUCCUCCCAGGGACAUUAGCAGCAGCAGAAUUGGCGAGCAGUGACAGAUGGAGAAAAAUCAAUUUUAGGACGGAUGUAAGAGGAAAAUUUUCGCGAAUCGUGCUAAAAUGUGAAAAUUUUGUUUUUUGGAAGUUUUGUGGAAUUAGAAGAGGGUGUCUACUUUUAGGCGUUUGGCUUCGGUGUUAAACAUGAUUAUCAAGCGAAUGAGUACGAUACGUGAAAAGUUUUAAACAACAUUCCUUAUCCCUCGUAAAAGUUUUAUCAGAACUGCCGAAUUCGUGUGAGUUUUAAGCCAAGAAAGUUCUACCCAUAGUAAAAAUCCUGGGAAAACGAUGGUCACUAAGAAGACAGUUGACAUAGAGAAAGAAAGGCUAACAAAGAAAAUGUGUUCAAAUAGCAGUAUGAGCGGAGCCGGGUCCGGUGGUGGAACGGGUCCUUUGGUCAGUUUCAGCGCCGGAACGACUCAUCAUGCUCCACAUAGCCAAGAUGCUCCCAACAUUUUGGUGUACAAAAAGAUGGAAGCCAUUAUUGAAAAAAUGCAAGCUGAAGGCUCCGGAGUAUCUGUGCGCACUGUCAAAGCUUUCAUGAGUAAGGUUCCGUCGGUGUUCACCGGAGCUGAUCUUAUCGCAUGGAUUAUGCAGAAUUUAACCGUUGACGAUGUAACGGAAGCCUUACACUUGGCACAUCUACUGGCCUCGCAUGGUUAUUUGUUUCCAAUUGACGACCAUCAGUUAACUGUGAAGAACGACGGAACGUUCUACCGCUUUCAAACACCCUAUUUUUGGCCAUCCAACUUUUGGGAACCGGAAAACACGGACUACGCCAUUUAUCUCUGCAAGCGAACUAUGCAGAACAAAACUCGCCUGGAGUUGGCGGACUACGAGGCGGAGAAUCUUGCCAAGCUACAGAAGAUGUUCUCCCGGAAAUGGGAGUUCAUAUUCAUGCAAGCCGAAGCGCAAAGCAAGGUGGACAAGAAACGUGACAAGCUCGAGCGCAAGGUGCUCGAUUCGCAAGAGCGCGCCUUCUGGGAUGUGCACCGUCCAAUGCCCGGUUGUGUCAACACCACGGAGGUGGACAUCAAGAAAGCCUAUCGUCGGGGUGCCUCUAGUCUUGGCUCGGGAUCCGCCAAUACGGCCGCAAAUAGCAACCCGGCGGAAACCAUGGCUAAGACAAUAAACCUUUUGAAGCAGAAGCUGGAACGGCGGACCAUCAAGGUGUCCAAGGCGGCGGAAUCGUACGUGUCAUACUACGAGCAAUACAGUGAGUUUGAUUACUUUUUAACCACACCGGACUAUCCUAAUCCAUGGCAGUCGGAUAGCACAGAGCUUUGGGAUACGGAAAAGCAGGGGAAAGAUAUUGCUAUGAAAAGGGUCAAACGAUGGGGAUUCAGUUUGCGAGAGCUUUUGAACGAUCCCAUCGGACGGGAACAGUUUACGAAAUUUCUCGAUAAGGAGUUUAGCGGAGAAAAUCUCAAAUUCUGGGAAGCGAUCCAGCAGAUGAAGGCCCUGCCGCAGUCGCAGAUCAAGGAUGCCGCCAACGCCAUCUGGAACGAGUACUUGGCCCCGGACGCGGCCUGCCCUGUUAACAUCGAUUCCAAAUCGCUGGAGCUGGCCCGGGAAGCCAUCAAGGAGGGUACGGGCAGCCCGAGCCGUUGGUGUUUCGACGUCGCCGCCGACCACGUGUUUUAUCUGAUGAAGAGCGAUUCCUACUCCCGGUAUCUGCGUUCCGACAUGUACAAGGAGUACCUGAACGGGACGAAGAAAAAGACAUCGGUACGAGGACUUCGGAUAUUCUCUGGCAGAAAAGAUACACCUGUGAUAAACUAAGCCGAUAUGCGUCAAACGUAAGGUGGGGCCCAUGGGGCCCAGAAACAGCACAAAAAGCGAAAUUUGUCAACAAGAGA